UGGUUCUUAAAAUGAAAUAUUGAUUUAACUAAUAAUCUGAUUUAGUUUCGAAUGUACGAAAAAGGACAUUAGGUGUAGGGUUUUGUUUGUCAUUAGGCGUGACGCAAAAUAAAAAUAAAUCCCAGGGAAAUUUAAUUUUAAGUUAGCAGAAACCGGAAGCUAUUACACAACUACAUGUAUUAAAUGAGGAAUAAAAUGAUCAGCAUAAACAAACCAUAUCUUCAGAGAUGGCCGCCCAAUUAUACGGGAUUCCUACACGCUUAUAUAACCUUUCCUCUAAACUAAAACAAGAUCAUGAUGUGCAAGAACGCAUUCUGAAAAUUGCACGGAAAGCCAAAGAGGCGGGAAAUGCAUUUAAGUCUGUUAUUUUAUAUGACGGUCAUGCUGUUCUGUUACAAAAGACACUACUUUUAACGACUACAGCUAGUGCAAUAAAUAUUUCUGACAUGCAAGGCGCUUUAAGCGCUGCAACAUUGGCGUUGACUGAUACACGAACACAUGUCGUCUGCUUACAAGCGGACAUGCAUCACGUGAUUGAAAUAUGUAGAGAGCGAAGAGUAGAAUACGAGACAAAACUGGACAACAUUUUAUCAACAAUAACAAACAUGUGGGAGGAAAUAGACAGUACCGAGGUUAUUAUAACACAGUUAGAAGAUGACGCAUCGGCGUUAAAUAUCAAGGCAGUGGACCUGUGGGAUAAAGCAGACAAAGUGAAGAAAAAAGCAAAGGAGAAAAGAAAGAACGUAGAAACAACAGGUUUGGUUGGGGGAAUUGUUGGACUUGCUCUAGCUCCUUUUACAGGUGGAGCGAGUUUGGCGUUAGCGACGGCUGCAACAGGGAUCAGUGCCGCAGUAAACUUACCACAGGCAAGUGAAUAUGAAAAGUCUUCAGAGAGUUUACGUCAAGAUGCAGACAGAAAGAAAGAAAAAGUUGAUGAGCUGAAAUCACAUAAAUCAGAUUUGAUGAAGAGGAGAGCUAAACUUCAAAGAGAAAUAGAUUCGGUACAAUCCAAAACUAAAUGCAUGGCUGAUGCCGCUGUUGUAUUACAGCAGGUCACAACUUUCCUUCUCCCAACAAUCAAUCUCAUUGAUCAACUUCUUCAAGCUUUCCAGGGAAUGGAAUCAGCAAUUAAAGAAGUAUUACUUCAAAAUGAUUCGUUUGAAAUCAUGCAGAGAGCUUUUGGAAACGAACUGGAGUGCCAGGGGAAAUACCCAACAAAGUACUUGAAUCAGCUGAAGGAGAAAUGGAAUAUGUUAGAAGAGAUAUUGAUACAGCAUGGCGCGCAGACAACAUAAAAUUGCUUUAAAGACAGUGAUAGAUUAAUGGCGCCCUAAAUGAAUGGUCUUUCAAUAAAAAAAAAAUAAAAGAAAAAAACAUUUUAAAGUAUAGAAGGUUAUUAACAUAUUUGAUUUUGAGUCAAUGCUGUUUACUAGAAAAUGUUCUGUUUAUUUCUUGAGAUGAAUAAGUAAAAUAAUCAUGGUGGCUGAUUAACACCAUCACUACAUCGCUAUUUUUUGUCAAAAAAAAUCAAUAGUAAACAGAAGUGAAAAGACAAACGUUUAACAAAAAACUAGACUAAAAACAA